CCUGCCCCUUUUCCCGGCCCCGGCCCCCAGAGUGCCGUGAGGCCGAAGAAGGGUCGCCAGUGGGUGUGGGCGCGGGCGCCUCCAGGAGUGGCGGCCAAGUACUACAAGUCCCACAAGCCACUGGGGUUGAAAGGAGGGAGUAGAAAUAGAGGGGAGCCGCCCAGGUCUCUCAACAAGCACCGCCUAUUGGUCCACUCCAGAGGAAUAACGAAGAUGAACCUCACCUCUUGCAAGGAUGCUCUUAAAUCCAGCCUCCUCCAGCAUCUCCUAGUCUGGUCUCAGAUUUGAUCUCCACCCCUACCCUGGGCCCAAUCCUGCUAUCUUCCUCCGGCUAAACCCUUCCCUCUUGCUGGCUUCUUUCCUUCAUCCUCUCCCUCCUCCUAUUUUCUUUGUCCUUCAACCUGUACAUCACCAUCCCAUCCCGCCCCGAGUGCUUGAGGUGCGUGGAGGUUUCCUAGCCAGCUCGGCUUGGCCCAGGACCAUCACAAGCCAGCUGGGACAGCGGGCCGGGACAGGCCAGGGUCCAUACUGCAGCACUAGCAGCCUGCCUCCGUUGACACGCGGAGCUUGCAAUGCCUCAGCUGCAGCGCAUGCAGGAGAGCCUGGGCCCAGGGCUGGUCUGGGACCAGAGUGCAACCCGGGUGUCCGAAGGGCUCUCUCUGCAGAUGCCAGUGACAUUUGAGGAUGUGGCCGUCUACUUCUCCCAGGAGGAGUGGGCAAUACUGGACCAACAACAGAAGGAGCUUUACCAGGACGUGAUGAGGGGGACCUAUGAGUUGGUGACCUCGCUGGGGUAUCCUGCUGCCAAACCAGAGGUUAUUUGUAAAAUUGAACAGGAGGAAGAACCAUGGAUGAGGGAUUCCCAGAACCACAGAAGACACCUGAAUCGCCACUGGGGUUCUAGGAAUGGGAUCAGAAAUGAGAAGGUUAAAGAUAUUGGAGAUAAUAUGGAAGACCCAGAGACAUUUACAUUCUUGAUGAAGUCAGAGGGUAUUGUUCAGGUCCCCCUAAAGCUGAAAAACAGUAGUAAAGAAAAGUCCUGGACAAAACAGGCCUAUUCAGGAAGGCCUAGUGUACCCCAAAGGCCACUGGGGAAAAAGAAGCCCCCAACCUGUGCUGAGUGUGAUAAGAGCUUCAAAAGCAAUACAGCUUUGAUCAUCCAUGAGCGUAGCCAUACUGGCGAGAGGCCUUUUAAGUGCCCCGAGUGUGGGAAAGGUUUCCCUUCCAAAGGAGACCUGAAGCGGCAUGGAAAGAUCCACGUAGAGAAGCAUGAUAGAAUGGGAAAGAUGCUCAAAGAUGCUCCUUCAGAGCAUACCCUCCCCAAGCAUAGAAGACCUGCCCCCAGGAAGCCCCAUGUCUGCCUCCAGUGUGGGAAAGGCUUCAAAAGGGCCGGAAACCUCAAGAAACACAUAAAUGAUCACCUGGCAGAGAGGCCCUUUGUCUGUGGGGAGUGUGGCCAGCGCUUCCGCCUCAAGCAGAUCUUGGUGUCCCACCAGCGGACCCACAUCGGGGAGAGGCCCUACAGCUGCCUGCAGUGUGGGAAGUGCUUUAGCCAGAAGCACCAUCUCAGGAGCCACCACCGAGUGCACACAGGCGAGAGGCCCUUCACUUGUCCCCUGUGCUCCCGAUGCUUCAGCCAGAAGCACCACCUGGUCAGCCACCAGCGCAUCCACACAGGUGAGCGUCCCUUCACCUGCAUCAGCUGUGGCAAGACUUUUAAGGACAAGAAGACGCUGACCAUCCACCGCAGGGUGCACACAGGUGAACGGCCAUACACGUGCUCUGAAUGUGGGAAGGCCUGUAGCCAGAAGCAGCAUUUGAAAAGCCACCUGCGGGUACACCGGGCAGGGGGCCAAGGACUGCUCCCAUCAUGCCCGGAAGAAAAACCCUACCAGUGCAAGGUGUGCAGGAAGGCCUUCCGGGACAAAAGGAUUAUGCUGACCCACCAGAAGACCCAUGAUGAAGAGCCAAAACACUUCCCAGCAUUGGGGAUUGUAACAUUCCGAAAGAAAGGACCACUUCUGUGAGGCGACAGCACGACUAUUCAUGGAUUGCCAUGGCCAGCCACUGGAAGAAGCAUAGAAUGGGACAGCUUCAAAGAGCCGUUUGGGAAGAUUACCAUGGGGCCAGACCACCUAUAGCUUCUUACUUUCUCUCACAGACAGGAUGAGAAUGGCUAGCUAUCUCACAGGCCACCAGACAGGAUCCUAGAGAGGAAGAAAUUCUCCUUAUGGGUAAUGUGUUAAAGGCUUUCACCUGGGUCAAAGAUUAGCAGUCGUUAAUGUGGCCCUACCCACAGAACAGAAAUAUGAGUUCCUCAUCUUUGAGAAGUUGUCACUUGAAGAUCCUUUAGAAAGGAGGUUAAAGAGAUCCCCCCAUUCUCUUCUCUACCACGUGAAAAACUGCUCAAACGAGGUCCAAAUAGCUCUCAGCUUGCCAAGUCCUCUGAGGUCUAGGCUGAAAGUACUGUGAUUUAUUCUUACAUUUGGAGGGAAUAGGGUGAUCCUCCCUGGUCACCAUUAACAAUCCAAAUCCACCAUCUUUCUUUUCCUACAGGGCAGCAGUAUGGUGCAAAAAUUACUGUUAAUGAUCUAGAAUCAGGGGCCCUAAGGUCUACUCCGCUCCCAGUGGAGCAAGUCACUUAAUCACUCUUGGCCUCAGUUUCCUCUUCUGUAAAAUGAGGGAGCUGGACUAGAUGACCUGUCAGGCUCCUUCCAGCUUUAAAUCCAUGAUCCUAUGAUCUUAGAUUUUUGUGUGGUUGAUUCCAGCCCUGUGUUAUGAACAUAUAAGCAGGGUCACAACAUUGGCUGAUCCUUACUCUUCCAUAAUAAUAUUUUACCAUCCCUGCAUUUCUACCUCUGUCUGCUAUUCCAUGUGGGCUCACUGCAAGCUCCCUGAUGUGUCUAUUUACUAUAUUGUUUCCAGGGUAAGGAGGAGAUUUUUGGACAGGGCAUGGUGGGUGCAAUCCAAGCUCUUCCAUAAACUAGCUGUACAACUUUGGGUAAAUUAUUUUGCUUCUCUAUUAGAUGAUUCCUCCCUCCUAGAUCUCUUCACUGCUCUCCUUUGGUCAGUAGAAGGUGUCCAAAGCCCUCACAACCACAGGUGGUCCCAGAAGCCAGAUGGGCAUGGACCAGGCCAGAUUGGCUGUUGAGAUACCACACUUUUGUGGAAUUCAGGAAAGUUGAAUUAACUUCAUGCUGUUAUCAGACAUCUGGGUCCGAAUUUGAGUUGGCCAAGAAGGGACUGGCUAGAAAAAGCUAAGCAAAAGGGUGGUAAACUGAUGUUGAAUGCUGAAUAUUUAGCCCAGGGAAUUCAAGGGACUACUACAUAAUUGCACCUCAUGCCCUCUUUCUUUCCUCCUUUACUUCCUCCUUCCAUCUUUCUUAUUUUUUACUUCUUUCUCCCUCCAUCCCUCCUGUUCUUCCUUUUUACUCCAUCUUUUCCCCUCCCCAUCACUUUCAGGACCAAAGUGCCCCUCCCUGGCCACCACUCCCUUCUGUGUUGUCUCUCCCAUUAAAAUGUAAGUUUGUUGAAUAUAGAGAUUAUUUUUGUCUCUGGUUUUUGUAUCCCUAGCACUUAGCAUGCAGGUUGGUGCUUUUUCAUUCAUUUCUCCUAUCCCUCUUUCAUUUUUCUCUCAGUCCUUCUCUUCUGUCUUCCAUCCCUCUUUCCCUAUUUCUCGUUUGAUCUUCUAUCCAUCUCUUUCUUCCCUUCUGCUCUUCUUUCAUUCCCUCUAUUUCUUCACCCUUCUCCCAUCCUUCCCCUUCCCAUCCCUUUUGUUUCUUCUCCUCUCCUGUCAACCCCAACCUUCACAAUUUGCAACCAUUGGAGGGCAGAGCAACAGUCAAUACUGGGUAUUGGAGAAAGAGCCCCAUUUGCUGGCAUCUUUGUGGAACAGAGAUCUCCAUUCCAGCCCUCUGUCCUGCCCCCAUUUCCCCUUUCUUUGCUUUUUAUUUCUCCCAGUGUUCUCAUGCCAUCUGGAUGCCUUCCCUUCUGUGAUCAACUCAAAACUCAUACAGUGAAAAAAGUACUGGACUGGGUGUCAGGACAUCUAGUUUCAGUUCUGGAUCUGCCACUAAUUAGCUGUUUGACCUUAGACAAGUUUCAGCCUUUUCAGACAAGUUUCUUUAUCAGAAGUAUGCAAAUAACACCAACCCUGCCUGCUUCUGGAGAUAUGUGGUGAGCAGCAAAUGACUUAACAUAUAUGAAAAUGAAAUUACUUUGUAAAUGGCAAAGAGCAAGUAAGGGGUUGUUAGUAUUCAUACUAAGGUAUUAGAAAUUAACCUUAUUUCUCUCCCAGGAACAUUUACAUUUUAAAGAGAAGCCUAUAGAGAGUAAUACCUAAUCCAAAGAAAUGGAUUACUUUUAGUGGAAUUUAGGGUGUUGAGCUAGGUGGGGAAGGAAAUAUUUAGAGCUUGGGAGGACCUCAACCCCUCAAAUCACAUCACAUCCUUUACUUUCAGAUGAAGCCAAUUUCGUUCAUAUAUUGUUUAUUUCUAUCCUGUUUCAUUCAUCUAAAGGCAACGUAGUACAGUGCAGCUAUGACAUAUUUAAAGCCCUAACAUUCAGGUAUACCUCAUGUUAAUCGGUUUUGAGAAAACCCAUCAUGCAACCCAGUGUUAUAGAGUAGUACAUUCCAAAGGAACAGUAUUCUAAAUGUGUGAUCUGCCGAAAAAGGUUAUGGCUACGUUGUGAUUUGUACAGUGGGAAUUGGUUAUUUGAACAAUGUUGCUACAAAAUUA